AUGGAGCAAACGGAAAGCCACAAACCGGAGAUAAAAGAAGCAGAAACCGUGGUAGAAAAUGUAGUAGAAAACACACCCGCAGCCGAAGUGAGGUACUCAGAUGAUCCGCCAGAGGACGACAUAGUGCAGCUGCCGCAGCGCGCCACCUGCAGCGGCCAGCUCACAGUAGAAGAAGCUGAAACUCAAGCUAAUCUCCCCGAAUCCACUGAUGAGCCAGCGGCAGGGUCCAGUGGCAAUGUCGGAACUUCCACUGCAACAGUGAAGGUGGUCCUCGUGCCUGGGGGCCAUGUGAUGACUGUCGCCUUUGCCAUCGGGCUGAGCAUUGUAGAGCUAAAGCAGCAUCUCGCCUCUGAGCUGAGAGUGCCACCUCAAGUGCUGCAUGUCUUUCUUGACGGGCAGGUUGUGGAAGACCAGCAGACCCUCAUGGAUCUCGGCGUCCAACCUCACAGCUCCACCCGGAUGGAGAUGAGCUCGACUGACCCACACAUGUAUCCUCUGCGCCCUGUCCGCCCCCCUGACCACGACGACAUGGCCGACGUCAUCACCGUGAGGGUCCAGAGGGGAGACCAGAACCCCACAUCCUCUAUGAAUGAUUUCCAGGAGGUGGUGGUUGAGAUCCAGCGUCCCCCACAGAGGAAGCCUUUCCUGGGUGGAUACAAGCAUCGUUUGACGGGAGCUGUGUACCACCACGCCAGCACACAGACUCAUCCCCGCAGGAGGCCAGGACGAGGGGUGCAAGUCUUCAGCCGCGACACACAGACAGUGGAGUUGAAGUCCCAGACUCAGCAGUGUCCGGCAGACGUCAGCACACAGAUGACUGGGAUCGGCUGUUACGUCUCCUGUGCCAACGACAAACUGCUGACCCCCGGAGUCUACACCACAGCAGCCGACUACCACCAGCGCCGGCUCCGGGCUGUGAUCUGCCUGCAGGCCGCGCUUCGCUGCUGGCUCGCCAAACAGGCUGUGGGACGUAUACGGCACGACAGGGACCGGAGGCUGGCCUGGCUGGAGGCGCAGGAGAUGCGGAGGAGAAAAGAGAAGGAGGAGCAGCUCCGGGACAGAAGAGAGCGCUGGAGCAACCCCCAGAGGAGAGAUGACUUCAACCUGCUCUACCACGCCCUGGAGACUUGGCGAAAACACGAGGAGCAGCUGAUCAAUGCCAAUCUGAAAGGAGCAGAGAGGAAGGCCGCUCUCUGCACACUGUUGGACCAAGAGCUGGAGCACAUCAAGAACAUCGGACACAGACUCGUCCUGUUUCACAAAACCAGCGCUGAGAGGGGCAUCAUGAGCUUUCUGGACAAGUCUGCAGCCCCUUAUCACUGGAAAACGGAGAAAGGAACGCUACUGGAGAUGGACACGGUGAACACCAUCAGAGCCAGAGAGCUCAGAGAUCUUUACAACGACGUCAGCGCAUCACCGGCCCAACAAAAUGACCGGCUGCAAGUCCUCAUGACGCUCAAACACACUGUCAAGGAGCACGACUGUCAGCUGACGAGGGACUUGGUAGAUUUGGUGGACAGAGAGGUGGAUCUCAUGAGCCGCUGCUCCAAAGCCUCGAGUCUUGACGGACUGAGACAGCGGAUCAACACUCUGCUCCUCCAGUACAUCAAAACGCCUGCAUUUAACCCACAAGUUGCUAAGCUGCUCAAGGUUCCUCAGGACGUGUCCCAGCUGAAGAACAUGCUCUUGUGUGGUAGCUGCCGUCGCUACCUGCCCUCCAGCCGCUUUAACUCCGCCCUCAGCUGUUCUGACGACGGCCGCUGUAAGGACUGUCUGCGGCUGGACAACAUCGGCCGACAGCGCCACGACUUCUCCUGGUACAAGCACGUCCUCCACAGGCUGCGGGCCGACGAGCAGCAGCUGGGCCAGAGCAACAAGAUCCCCUUCCUCAUGCAGGUGGAGGACAUUCGUUACCUGAUGGAAGUGAUUUGGUCCAAACAGUCGGCGCUGUUAGCCUGCAGUGACCUGUACAACCUGGUGUUAGCGCGCUGGGACCAUCUGAAGGACUGGAGCCCCUGGAACUGCAUCCUGCUCUCCAAAGAGGAAGCAGUGGCUCAUUCUCACCUAAAAGACAUCUACAAGGCCUACGAGGCAGAGUUUGUGCACUGGGUGGAGCAGAGGCACCUCCUGGCCAGACAGCACUUCAGUCAGAUACCUGCCGUCGCCGCGCACAUGGACUCGGAGCCCAACGCCGCCCUCGGAAAGCAGCUCGUGUCCAAGCCCAUCGCCACGGCAACAGGCAAUCACGUACCAAACACCGUAGUGGCAUCUGCUCAUUAA